CGUGUGUCAGAGAGGCACUAUCCUCGGCCUAAAUACUAAGCUUUGAAUCUUACUGGUGGUGAACGGUGUAGUCUUUCUGUCGUAGAGAAAGCUUAAAAAGGCCUUCCCUCCCCCAAGUUCUGAGGAGGUAUAGCAGACCCUGCUGGCAUAACUUGUCCUUAACAAUCAGAGAUCACAAUGCCUGUCGAAAGGCCAAACCGAACCGUCGACACGGACAACAUCCAAGGGAGCAUUUGGCCCCGUCUCCCGAAAGAAUAUGAGUCCUACCUCUUCUUUAAGAUCACCGAUAAGGAAAGAUUCAGACAGCAUCUCAGAGCUAUCCUGGAUCGAGGAUUCAUCACCACCGGUAGUGAAUGCGAGGACCACCUGAAGACAAUUGGGGAGUUUGAAGAAGCAUGCGCACAUUCUCGUCGUGCUGUUCCCGAGCAGGAGAAGAAGCCCUUUACGGCGGUAAAUGUCGCAUUCACACACGUAGGAUUGCUCAAGGUGGAACAUCCUGAGGUGGAGGUGAACUUUGCCCAGGCCCUAGAGGAUGAUCCGGAUGAGGUUUGUACGGAUCGGAUCAACGAGGGUCUGUUUGAGAAGGGAAUGUUUGAUGACCUCGUCUACGAAGGCGCCGAUAACCCUGCUGCGAUGGAUCCUAACUUUAGGGCUCCUCCUGGGCAUGAAUCAAAGACGGGGCUUGAGCGGUGGAAGUGGAGAACGGAUGGUGUGUUCAUCGUCGCGGCCCAUAACUCUAAAGCUCUACGUCGCAGAAUUAUGGACCUGGAAGAUGCCUUCAAUGUUGGUGAUCCAGAAGCGAGCAGUAUGAGGAUCGCGUUCAGAAAGGAUGGUAGGGUUCGUCCGGGUGCAAACCGUGGCAAAGAGCAUUUUGGUUACGAAGAUCACAUCUCCCAGCCAAAGAUUGAUGGCUUGGAUGACCCUCCGGCCCCGGGUGAACCGCAGGCAUGCCCCCCAGGCUAUAUCUUUCUCGGCCAUGAGGGCGAUCCCGACAAGAGAAGAGGCCCCAAAUGGGCUAAGGAGGGUAGCUACCUUGUUUUCCGUCAGCUCGACCAAAAGGUCCCGGAAUUCCAAAAGGAUCUUAUAGCAAUGGCCGAGGAAAUCCCCGGAAACUAUGGUGGAAAUCCUGAGAAGCUGGGUGCUCAUCUGAUGGGGCGAUGGAAGAGCGGAGCCCCCGUCGCCAAAACCCCCCACCAGGACGAGCCAAGAUAUGCGUUUGACAACGACUUCGACUUUAGACCCAAGAAGGACCUCAAAGGUUGUCCUUUUGCGGCGCACAUCCGCAAGAUGCGACCCAGGGCUGACAAGAAGCGAGAUAUUGGUUCAGAAAAAGACGAUGAGAACCAUAAGACGCUGCCCCUUUCAAUCGAGGAGCAAGAUGAAGAUUUUGAUGAAGGACAAAAGGAGGAUGCCAGCGUCAUCCUCCGUCGGGGUAUCACCUUUGGUCCCGAACUGACCGAGGAAGAAAUUAGCACCGGCAAGACGAUUGAACAACGCGGGAUCUACUUUACGUGCUACCAGAGUCUUAUCCGGGAUGGCUUCAACUUUCUCAUGACACGCUGGGCCAGUAAUCACGGUUUCCCGGAGGAUAAGGCUGAGGUCUGCCCUGACGGUCCUGGUAUGGACCCAUUCAUCAACCAAAAGCUCCGUGCGGACCAUCCGGACGGUUACAUCAGUUUGCACGAUGGAGGCAACCCGGGUGCAGCCGUGAAGCUUGGUCUGAGUCAUACUCCAUGGGUCGAUCAAAGAGGUGGUGAAUACUUCUUCACCCCUUCUAUCCGGGCGUUGAGGGAACAGUUUUCAGCCGACAUUGUGAAGACAGAAGGUGAAUCCGGCAGUGAAUCCGAGCUUCCCUACAAAAGCCCGGAAGUGAAGGAAUUAGAGGCCAAGGUCAAGGAGUUGGAGCAGGAGCAGAAAGCGCUCCUCAAGAUCACAGAGGAGCGUGUUGCGGAUCUCGAGAAUUUGGAAUACCAGCUGAAGCAGUCCAAAGAAUUGCAUGCUAAAUAUGUGGAAGAAAAUAAGAGAGCGAGUUUCCUCGGGUAUGCCGGGCUUAUUCAUCUGGACUUUCUAAAGGAGUUGGAUACCGCGCGUUUACGAGACUUGAAACAGGAGGUCGAGACUGCUCUGGCCAAAUUGGCGGGAGAUGUGGAGUGGACGGAGUGGCAAGAAAUCAUUCGAGGGCUCAACUCGAAAUACGGAUUCGACUUGAAAUAUGGUAAUGGUGGGCAUUACGAGGGGCGCAACUGGAGGGAGUGGAAAAAUAUCCAUUUUUCGACCAGCGAGUCUAACUACGACCGCGCUGUGGCCUAUCGCAACCGCAUGGGCCAGUGGUGCAAUAAUACUACUUGGAGCGCUGCCGGUGGUGAUGCCGCUGGGUGUGCGUUGAUGUGGAUCACUUUCGUCAUCCAGCUGCAUGAUGUGUUGCAGGUGUACCGGCCAGAGGUUUAAUGCUAGUCGAGCUUAUGAAUCUCAGGGCAGCCUUUCAUCAUUGCUUCUAUGUUGGCGUGUGGUGCCC